UUCGAUUUUUCGAUUUUUUCCUCGUUAUAUGUGAAAUAUGGAAAAUAUGGCGUAAAGUCCGAGAAACGAGCACUGUUGCCAUCCUCUCUGUGUACCUUGAUAUGAUUUCAAGACAAAACAGGCCUCAGGCAAGCUGAAUCUUCGUAGAUGUGAUUUUAAAUUGUUUGUGUAAGGUACUUUCGAGACGUGUUUGUUAUCUACAACUCGGUCAACGACAGUUCAACACGGAAAUUUGUGCAUUCUUGUGGCUUACGCUUACGUUGUGGACAACAAUUAGAUUGUGGAAAAGGUAUUUUAAAUCAUUGUUUCGAAUUUCUUUGCGGACUCAAACGACGAUGGAAGAAAGUGAUCCAUUCUUCAGAUAAAUGUCGAGUCGGCAGUUUGCAUACAUUGAUCUAAAGUAACGCUGGCCGCCGAUUCAUGGCGCAUCUCUCUCCGAUUUUGAAAGCGAAGGUCGACGAACUGUUUCUCAGAUGGUUGUCUACGCCCGAGACUCAACGAGUUCUGAGAAAUGACUUGAACAAGUUAAUACAAGGCCGACCCUUGUCGCCAAGGCAAUUGUCAAGUUCUGGUUCGACAAAUGCAAUAGGCGGCGCUUGUAGGCCCAUUUCGCCCCCGGCUCCGCCAACCAGCUCUCCGAAUCAAUUAUUGCGGUCGCCACGAAGCCCUCGAGAACGAUCUUCGCGAAGACCAGGGUCUAAAUCGCCUCCGCGUUCUCCCAGGUUAGAGAACAAUGAAGGGACGAGGUAUCCGAUGAAGGAUAAACAUUUCAUCUUCAAUAAUGUGAGAAUCUUCUCAGGGUGCGCGGCGCACUUGCCGCAGUUUCAUUUCCCGCUUGGGAAGCCAGAAGAUUCUCCAUCAUGUGAAAUUACGUUGUCCAAGGUCGCUCAGAUAUUCAAACUAUACGAAAGCGGUAUUCCCAAAGAGGACUUUGGAUCUGUGGCCAAGGCUUGUGGUUUACCGCUCUACUGGCGCGAACCUCUGUUUUCCGCAGCAGGAGGAUAUAAACAUGGCUACGUUACAUUACAAAUGUUUAAUGUCAUGUGGAAAAGUCUGACAUCUAAUUAUCAUGAUGAUGCAUCAAGAUUUGUUCGACUUUUGAGUGCGAAAAACUCCCUUAAUUAUUUGGUUUCAGAAGACUUUAUUCCCCUCCUGCAGGACAUUGUGCAAACACAUCCUGGUUUGGAGUUUCUCCGAGACGCUCCUGAUUUUCACUCCAGAUACAUCCAUACUGUCCUAGCCAGAAUAUUUUAUUGUGUAAAUAGUUCAUGGACAGGACGCAUUACAGUUCCAGAACUGCGGAAUAGCAAUUUUUUAGAAGUUUUAGCCCGACUUGAAGAAGAAGAGGACAUAAAUGAGAUCUUGGACUAUUUUUCUUAUGAACAUUUUUAUGUAAUUUAUUGUAAAUUCUGGGAGCUGGAUACGGACCAUGAUCUGCUGAUCGAUGAAAAAGACCUGAUGAGACAUAACAACCAUGCAUUAUCAUCCAAAAUAUUGAAAAGACUCUUCUCUGGGUGUGUCACACGGGGUGCCUCUUACAUGGAGGGCAAGAUGACUUAUCCAGAAUUCGUUUGGUUUCUUCUUUCUGAAGAGGACAAGAAACAUCCAAGAAGUAUUGAGUACUGGUUCCGCUGUAUGGAUUUAGAUGGAGACGGUGUACUGUCCAUGUACGAAUUGGAGUAUUUUUAUACCGAACAAAUAACCAAAAUGGAUGUUCUUGGCAUAGAGACGAUGCUGUUUGAAGACUGUCUUUGUCAGAUGUUAGACAUGGUAAAUCCUAAAUCUCCAGGAUGCGUAACGCUGAGUGACUUGAAGAAUUGCAAACUGGCCUACAUUUUCUUCAACACAUUCUUCAAUUUGGAUAAAUAUUUAGAAUUUGAACAGAGGGAUCCGUUUGCUGCAGCUAGGGAUUUACAAGAAGGCGAUUGUAACGAACGGUCCGACUGGGAGAGGUAUGCUCAAGAAGAAUACGACUUGCUGGUGGCUGAAGAAGGAGCCAAUGAACAAACAGAAGGUUUAUACGAGGAUGACUUCGACGAAGAUGAAGACCUGGCUGAAGGAGAUAUCAUGGCGCUGAAAGGACUCGAAAAUGAUGACGAACUUGGUAUUGGAAACAAUAACAAGAAUAAACCCUGGAUAAUGGUCACUGGAAUAGAUGAUGACGUAGAUGAUGAUGAUGAUGAUGAUGACGACGAUGACUUUUAUUGAGUAAACUACGUUUGCAAAGAAAGAGUCUGACAUGUAGAGUGGUUCUCUCGAACCAAGGUAGAAACUGCCCCGAAGUAUUUCACUAAGAGAGUCCCAGAGGCAUGAUUUGCUCAGAAUGGGGACUAAAUUCAAUCCCUCGUAAAUAACUAGUAGGCAGUUGGUAAACGAAGAAGGAAGUACCCCAACGCUUGUUCCAGUUAAAAUCAUGAUAACAUUUUGUUCGUUAACAAAAUAGGAGAGUUAGUAAGUGAAAGGGCCCAUAAAGGUACACUGCCGUGACAGCAGAACGUGACCCUUAAAGUUGUCACCAUCAGCUCAGUGUCCAGGGCCAUAGAGCCGUUCCCUCUCCGAUCAACUUUCUUGCUCUCCUAGAGUGUAAGGUUCUAUUUUAGUAUUCGAUGGUAUUGUUUAGAGGUUUAUUAUCGUAAAUGCUCUAAAAAUUGUUCGGCAUAGAUAAAGGGGAAAUUUUGUGGGCGCGGUUGCGUCACCAGAAUUCAUAGAUCUUUUUGUACCAAGGAGAAAAUAAUAAAAAAAAUUAGUAAUCGAUGUUAAGA